AUGGCUUCAAGUUCCGAUUCCGCGCCUUCGCCUGAUUCAUCUUCCUCGGAUUCUCCUCCGUCACCACCGCCACCGGAUUCAAGUUCAUCUGACGAUUCUUCUUCCUCUCCGCCACCACAACCCCCUCCUCCACCAUCCGACGACCAAUCACCCCCACCGCCACCCGACCAAGACAAUGGUGGAGACAGCAAUAACUCAUCUCCUCCCCCUCCUCCACCUUCUAAUGGCAACGAUAACAGCGAUGGAAAUAACAGCAAAACGGGGAGCCCUCCGCCUCCACCACCGCCAGCGAAUGCCAAGGGAGGAGAGUUUUCACCUCCGCCGCCAGUACACCGGUUGUCUCCUCCGGAGAAAAGUUCACAUGGAUCAUCGGACAAUCCAUCACCGUCGUCAGGUAGCAAUAGCGAUGGAUCUCAAUUGAGCGUACCAGCUAUCAUUGGUUUGGCAGCUGGAGCUGGUUUGUUGCUGCUUGUGUUCAUCCUCAUCUUCAUUGCAUGCAACAGAAGGAAGAAGAGGAGAUCUGAGGGUCCCAUUAUUUACUACGCCAACAAAAAAUUUGAAAAAAAUCAUAUGGACGUACUUAGGGUAAUAAAUAAUGGCCAUGUUUUUGAGAGAGAUUUCAACGAGGGAAAAAUUUAUGGUGACCAAUGUAUGAACAAAUUUGGGGAGACGCAUGCAGAUGAUGACUAUUACAAGCAGGCGAAUAAGGGAAACAAUUGGAACAAUACUGGUUAUAACACUGGUGAUCAACACGUUAUGAAUAUGCCAACACCCCCAGGAGCAAUGGGAGGAGGCGUGAAUAAAUCUCCUUGGGGAGCACCGCCGGCUCCAUUCUCUGGGAAUAUGAACAGCGGUGAGAUGAGCAGCGCGAGCUAUUCAGGGCCGGUGGGUCCACCGCAGCCUCCCCCACACCCUUCGGUGGCGCUAGGGUUCAACAAGAGCACCUUCACGUACGAGGAGCUAGCGGCUGCAACUAGUGGUUUUGCCCAAGCGAACCUACUGGGACAAGGUGGAUUCGGGUAUGUGCACAAAGGAGUGCUUCCCAACGGCAAGGAGAUAGCCGUGAAGAGUCUCAAGUCGACCGGAGGCCAAGGUGACAAAGAGUUUCAAGCUGAAGUUGAUGUCAUCAGCCGAGUCCAUCAUCGCCAUCUCGUUUCUCUUGUUGGUUAUUGCAUUCAAGAAGGCCGUAGUCUCUUGGUCUACGAGUUUGUGCCCAACAAAACUAUGGAAUACCAUCUUCACGGGAAGGACCGACCUGUUAUGGACUGGCCUACUAGGCUCAAAAUUGCAAUUGGAUCGGCCAAGGGACUUGCUUAUUUGCACGAGGAUUGCCACCCUCGAAUCAUCCACCGUGACAUAAAGGGCGCAAAUAUUCUACUCGAAAACAACUUUGAAGCCAAGGUGGCAGAUUUUGGAUUGGCAAAGCUUACACAAGACAACAACACGCAUGUUUCCACCCGUGUAAUGGGAACAUUUGGGUAUUUGGCUCCUGAGUAUGCUUCAAGUGGCAAAUUAACUGAGAAGUCCGAUGUCUUCUCAUUUGGUAUUAUGCUUCUGGAGCUCAUAACAGGACGACCUCCCGUUGACACUACCGGAGAAUAUGAAGAGGACAGUUUAGUUGACUGGGCUAGACCUCUUUGCAUAAAGGCGAUGGAAGGUGGGAGCUUUGAAGGUCUGUCGGAUCCACGACUAGGCAACAAUUACGAUAUGCAGGAGAUGGCCCGUAUGGUGGCUUGUGCUGCUGCCAGCGUCAGGCACUCCGCUAGAAGGCGACCAAAAAUGAGCCAAAUAGUACGUGCUUUGGAGGGCGAUGUGUCACUGGAUGAUCUGAGCGAAGGGGUGAAGCCAGGGCAAAGUUCAAUAUUCACAAGCAACAGUAUGGAGUAUGAUGCUAGCACUUACAGUGCAGAUAUGAAGAAGUUCAGGAAGCUAGCAUUGGAUAGCGGCUACGCAAGCAGUGAGUUUGGCCAAACAAGUGAGUAUGGCCUCAACCCUUCCUCCUCAAGCAGUGAGGAGCACUCUUCUGAGUACACCAAGACCACCAAGUAA